UUCAACUCACAGGGCCCACUCAUCCACAUAAUGAAAAAGACCAAGUGUUCAGUCUACUUGUAGGAUAUUUCCAUUUUGUGGACAGUUCUGCAGUAACACCGUCAAGGGUAUCUGAGUAUCUCUUAUCUUGCAGUGUAUCAGUGGGUCUAUUCCAGUUUUCCCACCGUGUGUGUGCUGUGGAGAGGUGGGUGACAGCAUGGACCGGGAUUGGAAAAGAGUGGCUGUUUUUCUUUUGUUCGCGAAUUGUGUCAACUGCUCAGGAACCGCCAAAGAAUGGACAUACGCAGGUGCUGUGGGCCAGUCAGACUGGGCUGAGUUCUUUCCUGACUGCGGUGGCUCCAGUCAAUCACCUAUAAAUGUGGACACGUCCCGUACAGUGCAUGAUCCUACACUACUUCCUGUAGAGCCCCUGGGAUAUAACCAACCUGGAAAUAAGCCCUUCACUCUUUUAAAUAAUGGUCAAACAGUUCAGAUGACAUUGCCACGUUGGAUGGGCGUGGCUGGGUUACCAUGGCAUUACAGCGCUGUACAGCUGCACCUGCACUGGGGUAAUGGAGUGGGCGUGGCCACAGGAAGUGAACACACUAUUAAUGGACGGAGCUCUUCAGCAGAGCUACAUGUUGUACACUACAACACAGAGUUAUACUCUGAUAUGUCGGAGGCGAAGACCCAUGAGGAUGGCCUGGCUGUGUUAGGCGUACUGAUCGAGGCAGGUGAGGAAGUUAAUCAUGCUUAUAGUAGUAUUCUAAACUAUCUGGGUCGGAUCAAAUAUGCAGGUCAGAAAGUGGCUAUCCCUGCAUUUGAUGUAUACAAACUUCUGCCCGACGACCUGAGCCGAUAUUUCCGUUACAAUGGCUCGCUCACCACCCCACCCUGCUUCCAGAGCGUCCUGUGGACACUAUUUUAUGAGAGGGUUCAAAUCUCUCACUCACAGCUGAUGAAAUUAGAGACAGUGCUGUACUCCAGUAAGGCAGAUGCGGCCGAGCCCUCAGCGCUACGGGACAACUACAGAGUCACUCAGCCACUUAACAACAGAACUGUCCUGUCCUCUUUCAUUCCUGUUUCAAUUCAGAUUUAUACAGCAGGGGAAAUCGCAGCGAUUGUGAUCGGAUCUCUGUGCGGAUGUGUAGGUUUGGUUGUUAUCAUUCGCUUCAUUGUGAAAAGUAUUCGCUCAACAUCGAGCUGGGAUGUCCUGGCGAGUAUCCGACCUGCUCCUCAGCCCAGAACAAAUGAUGUGGCAAAAGAAGUUAAACAGGAUGUGGCUUUGAAGACAACCUCUGACCCGGAAAAAACAGAGGAAGUCACCCCUCAACCUGCUUCUUGACCCCAAACAUCUUGUGUGUAACUUUACUGUCUUGUGAAUGUGCAGUAAGAAACAUACAUUCUUCUCAGCCCUCCAAAUAUCUUCUUGUCCCCAAAUUGUCAUUAUUUUUGAACCCAGGCUUUGUUGUCUUUACCCUUCUCUCAUUUUGCAACAAUGUGGUGAUUGAUGGCAUCUGUGUCUGAAAGGAAUUGUGUAGAUAUUGUUGGACGAUAUGCAUUCUCUUCAGCACUGUUG